GUCAGAGCUCAGCCUUAGCCAUCCUUACCAGCCAAACCCCGCGCUACUACCGCAUCUCUCGACGUUACCGACGCACCGUCAGCCGCACUCUAUUACAGGACUGACGACCGCUUUCUUUCGCGUCUUAUUUGAAGCAGUGAAGAGCGCGCUCCCAAACGGGCAUUUGAUCUCCCAUCGUUCACGGCUAUUCGGCAUCUCCGCCUGAACGCGCGCACUUUGGAAGAAGCCCCGACCUCAAUCGCACACUGUAACUCGACAUGUCCUACUAUCCCGGCCAGCAAUACCACGGCGGCGGUGGCUACGGCGCCCCUCCACCGCCUCAGAAUGGCUAUGGUGGCCCGCCUCCACAAGGAUACCCGCCUCCACAGCAGAACUACGGUGCUCCGUGAGUAGAGAAUGACGAGUAAUGCUCCACGGGUGCUGACGGAUACCAGUCCUCCACAGCAAUAUGGAUACCAGAGCCCACAACCACCCUACAACAACAACUAUGGUCAACCUACGCCGCCUCCGCAGCAGUAUGGAUACAACCAGGGACCACCACCACCACAGCAGUAUGGCAACUACGGCCCACCGCCUCCGCAACAACCUCCCCGUCCGGGCAUGAUGCCCACAGCCAACAGCAAUCAAUGGACACAUGGAAACCACAACGCGCCCCCACCACCGCCCUCGGGCGCACAGAACUUCGGCCAUGGCGCACCCAACGGCUAUUCGUUUCAAUACUCGGCAUGCAACGGUCGACGGAAAGCCCUCCUGAUUGGCAUCAACUACUUCGGCCAACGAGGACAGCUUCGCGGCUGCAUCAACGAUGUGAAGAACAUGAGCACAUACUUGAACGAGUUCUUUGGCUACAAGCGGGAGGACAUGGUCACGUUGACCGACGACCAGCAGAACCCCAUGAGCCAGCCGACUAAAGCCAACAUCUUGAGAGCGAUGCAUUGGCUGGUCAAAGACGCGAGGCCAAACGACUCUUUGUUCUUCCACUACUCAGGCCACGGCGGUCAAACCAAGGAUCUCGACGGCGACGAAGAUGAUGGCUACGACGAGGUCAUCUAUCCAGUGGAUUUCCGCACGGCCGGUCACAUUGUCGACGACGAGAUGCACCGUAUCAUGGUCACACCCCUCCAGCCCGGUGUGCGACUCACCGCCAUCUUCGAUUCUUGUCAUUCCGGCUCCGCCCUUGACCUGCCUUACCUCUACUCCACCCAAGGUGUGCUCAAGGAGCCCAACUUGGCCAAGGAAGCUGGUCAGGGUCUGCUGGGCAUCGUGGCGAGCUAUGCGCGUGGCGACAUUGGCAGCAUGAUUGGUGGUGCCACAAGUCUGUUUAAGAAGGCAAUGAAUGGAGAUGAAGUGCACAAGAAGAACCUAAGAACGAAAACUAGCCCUGCCGACGUGAUCAUGUGGAGUGGAUCCAAGGAUACGCAGACUUCGGCCGACGCAAGUAUUGGUGGAGAAGCUACGGGAGCCAUGUCUUGGGCUUUCAUCUCUUCGCUCCGCAAGAAUCCUAACCAAAGCUAUGUACAACUGCUCAACAGCAUCCGUGAUGAGCUGCAGGGCAAAUAUGACCAAAAGCCUCAAUUGAGCUGCAGUCAUCCGUUGAAUACCGAUCUGCUGUACGUCAUGUAGACGUGUUUUUUCCGCAGAUGAGGUUGUUGUAAGAUGAGGCUAUAAUUCCGGAUUUGGUCGUAGGGAAUACUGUCUGACAGAGUGAUACCAUGACGCACCCAUCCUUGGAUGAAGAAGAAGUAGUAGUUGGGUGCAAAAAUGCAUUUUAUCAUGAUCGAGUAUACAACUUCUUUUGUAUAUACUUGGGGACGAGAUACGACGGCGUUUCGAACAGGUCAUUUGCAG